AUGACGAUUGAUAAUGCUGAGAACCAGGCCAUCAACGAUUGGCUUCCUAUCACUGCUUCCCGGAAAGCCAAAUGGUGGUACUCAGCUUUCCACAACCUCACGGCCAUGGUUGGUGCCGGUGUCCUCACCCUGCCAUAUGCCAUGUCUAUGAUGGGCUGGGGUCCAGGGACUGUUAUCGUGCUACUAUCAUGGAUCGUGACCUUGUUUACCCUAUGGCAAAUGGUGGAGAUGCAUGAAAUGGUGCCUGGUGUGAGAUGCGAUAGGUAUCACGAACUGGGGCAGCAAGCCUUUGGAGAGAAGUUGGGUCUCUACAUCGUGGUUCCUCAACAGCUACUUGUUCAGGUUGGCACAUGCAUUGUUUACAUGGUGACAGGAGGAGUCUCACUGAAGAAGUUUCACGAGACAGUUUGCCCCUCCUGCCAAACCAUUAGGACCUCCUAUUGGAUUGUUAUCUUCGCUUCUGUAAACUUCGCUCUCUCUCUUUGUCCCAACUUCAACUCUAUUUCUGCAGUCUCCUUUGCUGCAGCCGUCAUGUCUCUCACUUAUUCAACCAUUGCUUGGGCUGCUUGCCUUAAGAAGGGCGUUGUACCAGAUGUGGACUAUAGCUACAAAGCCCGCGACACUGCGGAUGGUGUGUUCAACUUCAUGACUGCCAUGGGAGAAGUAGCAUUCUCUUAUGCAGGUCACAAUGUGGUUAUGGAAAUCCAAGCAACAAUACCUUCUACACCUGAGAAGCCUGCCAAGAUAGCAAUGUGGAAAGGAUGUGUGGUUGCAUAUCUUGGAGUUGGCUUUUGCUACUUUCCUGUGGCCUUCAUUGGAUACUAUAUAUAUGGAAACUCUGCCGAUGAUAAUAUCCUCGUCACACUAGAGAAACCUAUUUGGCUUGUUGCAGCAGCUAACAUGUUUGUUACUAUUCAUGUUAUUGGAGGCUAUCAGGUAUUCUCAAUGCCGGUGUUUGAUAUGAUGGAAACCUUUUUGGUGAAGCAAAUGAAAUUUCCUCCAAGUUUUACACUCCGCUUUGUUGCUCGCACUCUAUUCGUAGCAAUGACAAUGAUUGUUGGCAUAUCUAUCCCUUUCUUUGGCUCUCUUCUUGGAUUUCUUGGAGGGUUUGCCUUUGCCCCAACAUCAUUCUUUCUACCCUGUAUCAUUUGGCUUAAAAUCCACAAACCAAAGAAAUUUAGCUUGUCUUGGAUAGUCAACUGGGUAUGUCAUUACAUGAGAUUCUCAAAAUUCUUUCUUAGGAUUCUCAUCGUGUCUAGUAAUUUACUGAGACAAACUUUUCUUAUUUACAUUGCAGAUAUGCAUUGUGCUUGGGGUACUGCUGAUGCUGCUAGCUCCAAUUGGUUCGUUAAGAAAAAUCAUCAUUUCAGCCAAGCACUACAAGUUCUUUUCAUGAGCUGCUUAGAAUCAACUGCUUAG